AUCUUUGGUGAAUGGACGGUAGUUUCGGUAGUCCGGAGUUUUUCUUUUCCCGUCCGUCCUCUUGGAAAAUAUCUUCUCUCUGUUGUGCCUGUGUAUCUGUAUCUGUAUAUGCACAAUGUGCAUGUGUGCGUAUGUGUUCCCUUCUUCAAGUUUAUAAAAAGAAGUUGAAAAGUGUUUAGCUACAACAACCAAAAACUGUGACAGUGCAUUGUUGUUUAUGUGUAUAACAAAAAAAAAUGAUUUUUGAAAACUGCGCGGAGUUGAAACACAACAUGCGCGAGGCUUAGACAGGCGCAAUAUGAGCGCAGGCAAAUUUUAGAGACAAAGCUUGGACACGUGUGCAAAGCGCUGAAAAAGAAAAAUUCAAAAAAAGGAAAUCGAACGAAACGCUGAUUACAGCAUUAGAGAAACGGAGCCGGAAGCGCUCUAGUUGGGACACGAGCCCAAAACCAAACGAAACGAAAGCAACGAGAGUGAACGCGCGAACGAGCGAACGAGUAAGCGAGUGAGCGAGCGAGAUGUCGCUUAUCGCUGUUUGCUUUGUGCUGCUCGCCGUGCUCAGCGGUCAGCUGCAGGCGCAGCGCGUAGCGCCAUCACAUGGACGUCCGGAUAGGCCGCGCAAUCCGCCGCGUCAGUACAUUAAGACGCAUCCCUGCGAGCGCUCCAGCUGUUAUCCAGCAACGGGUAACUUGCUAAUUGGACGUGAGAAUCGCUUGACGGCCAGCUCCACUUGUGGUCUGCAGUCGCCGGAGAGAUUUUGCAUUCUGUCGCAUUUGCAGGAUAAGAAAUGUUUUCUGUGCGAUUCACGCGACGAGACGCGCCACGAUCCGUACAAGAAUCAUCGCAUUGGACAGAUUAUAUACAAGACCAAGCCGGGCACGAAUAUACCCACCUGGUGGCAGUCGGAGAACGGCAAGGAGAACGUGACCAUACAGCUGGAUCUGGAGGCGGAGUUCCAUUUUACGCAUUUGAUUAUAACGUUUACGACCUUCCGUCCGGCUGCCAUGUACAUCGAGCGUAGCUUUGACUUUGGCAAGAGCUGGCAUGUGUAUCGCUACUUUGCCUAUGACUGCGAGGAAGCGUUUCCGGGUGUGCCCACCGUGCUGCGCAAUAUUACGGACGUCAUGUGCACCUCGCGCUACUCCUACGUGGAGCCGUCGCGCAAUGGCGAGGUCAUCUUCCGCGUGCUGCCGCCCAACAUCAAUGUCACCGAUCCGUAUGCGGAGCAUGUGCAGAACCAACUGAAGAUGACCAAUCUGCGCAUACAGAUGACCAAGCUGCACAAGCUGGGCGACAAUCUGCUCGACAAUCGUCUGGAGAACGAGGAGAAGUACUACUACGGCAUUGCCAACAUGGUGGUGCGCGGCUCCUGCUCCUGCUACGGACACGCCUCGCAGUGCCUGCCGCUGGACGAUGUCAUUACCACCGACUACGAGAUGGUGCACGGACGCUGCGAGUGCACGCACAACACAAAAGGAUUGAACUGCGAGACCUGCGAGGACUUCUACAACGAUCUGCCCUGGAAGCCGGCGUUUGGCAAGCAGACCAAUGCCUGCAAGAAAUGCGAGUGCAAUGGCCACGCCGUCAGCUGUCACUUCGACGAGGCGGUGUUCGUUGCCUCGGGCCAUGUCUCGGGCGGCUUCUGCGACAAUUGUCUGCACAAUACGCAGGGUCAGCACUGCGAGGAGUGCAUGCCCUUCUUCUAUCGCGAUCCCAGCGAGCAGCUGAGCAGUCCGCAUGUGUGCCGCCCCUGCGACUGCGAUCCUUUGGGCGCACUGGACGAGGGCAUCUGCGAUUCGUUCAACGAUCCGGAGAACGGCAUCAACGCCGGCGCCUGCCACUGCAAGCCGCAUGUAAAGGGACGUCGCUGUGAUCAGUGCAAGGAUGGCUACUGGAAUCUGCGCCAGGACAGCGACCUCGGCUGCGAGGAGUGCACCUGCAAUACGCUGGGCACGGUCAACAACUCCGGCUGCAAUAUGCAUACGGGUGAAUGCACCUGCAAGCGCCUGGUCACCGGCAAGGACUGCAAUCAGUGCCGCCCUGAGACUUACGGGCUGUCCGAAUCCGAGGAUGGCUGCACGCUGUGCAACUGCGAUCCCGGCGGCUCCUAUGACAACUACUGCGAUGUGCUCUCCGGACAGUGUCGCUGCCGCUCGCACAUGACCGGACGCACUUGCUCGCAGCCCAAGCAAAACUACUUCAUACCCGAGCUGCAUGUGGUGCAUGACGCUGAGUCGGCGGAUCUUUGCAUCUCCUACGGCAGCGGCGGCAACUGCAGCAUGGUGGCGCAACCGCAGCCCACCAAUCUGGAUCCACAUGCGCCCGAGUUCACGGGCAUUGGCUUUUCGCGCGUGCCCGAGCACACAGAGCUGGUAAUCAAUGUGGACGACGUGCCACGCAGCAUGCCCUACGAUGUGCUCAUACGUUACCAGGCAACGUCGCGUGGCGACUGGGAGGAUGCCUACAUUACACUGGUGCGUCCCGAUGAGAUUGAUCCCGCAGGCGAGUGCGCGCAUUUGCUGCAGCAGCCGCAGAGCGAGGCGCGUGUGCCCUUCGUGCUGCCCGAGCGUGAGCGCCAGGUGGUGGCACUGCCCGAUGUUUGCCUGGAGGCGGGCAAAGUGUACAAAUUCCGCAUUUUCUUUGAGCGCCGCCGUCACAACGAAGACAAUCCCUCGGCCACCAUCUUGGUGGACUCGCUGACGCUUAUACCACGCAUCGAAAUCACUCCCAUCUUCCAGGGCGGUCCCGGCGAGCUGCGUCUGCGCGAAUACAAUCGCAACAACUGCAAUCGCAGCUUGUACGACGUGCGUGGCAAUGCGCUGCAGCCGGAGAUCUGCCGCGCCAUGCAGCAGGACGUGAGCAUCUAUAUACACGACGGCGCCAGCAUGUGCAACUGCAAUCCGACGGGCUCGCUGAGCAAGGAGUGCGACGCCAGCGGCGGCUACUGCCAGUGCAAGCCCAAUGUGGUGGGCAGAACCUGCGAUCAGUGCGCGCCAGGCACUUAUGGGUUUGGUCCCGAGGGCUGCCGCGCCUGCGACUGCAACAGCAUUGGCAGCAAGGACAACAACUGCGAUCUGCUGACCGGACAGUGCGCCUGCCAUGCCAAUACCUAUGGACGCGAGUGCAAUCAGUGCCAGCCUGGCUACUGGCAGUUCCCCAGCUGUCGCGUCUGCGAGUGCAAUGGACAUGCCGCGCUCUGCGAUCAGCUCAGCGGUCAGUGCUUGAAUUGCCAGGACUCCACCACCGGCUAUGGCUGCGAUCAGUGCCUGGAUGGCUACUAUGGUGAUCCGUUGCUGGGCUCCGAAAUUGGCUGCCGCGCCUGCCGCUGUCCGGACACAGUCGCUUCGGGGCUAAGUCAUGCCGCCGGCUGCAGCUUGGAUACGCGCAACAACAACAUGUUGUGCCACUGCCAGCCAGGCUAUGCCGGCGCACGCUGCGAGCAAUGCGCGGACAACUAUUUCGGUGAGCCGGAGCUGGGCGGCAGCUGCGAGAAAUGCGAGUGCAGCAACAACAUCGAUGCUUAUGAUGUGGGCAACUGUGAUCGACGCACGGGCGCCUGCCUCAAGUGUCUGUACGACACCACAGGCGAUCACUGCGAGCUUUGUCGGGAUGGUUAUCAUGGCGAUGCACUGCAGCAGAACUGCCGCCAGUGCGACUGCGAUUUGCUGGGCACCAACAAGACGCUGGCGCAUUGCGAUCGCCACACAGGUCAAUGUCCUUGCCUCUCUAAUGUGCAGGGUCUGCACUGCAGCGAGUGCGCGCUGAAUCACUGGAAGAUUGCCUCCGGCGAGGGCUGCGAGGCCUGCAAUUGCGACGCCAUUGGCGCUGUGCAGGAGCAGUGUCAUCUGUUUACGGGUCAGUGUGAGUGCAAGGCUGGAUUUGGUGGACGCGCCUGCAAUCAGUGCGAGGCGCACUACUGGGGCAAUCCCAACGAGCAGUGCCAGAACUGUGAGUGCGAUCAGUUUGGCGCCGCCGACUUCCAGUGCGAUCGCGAGACGGGACAGUGCGUCUGCCACGAGGGCAUUGGCGGCUACAAGUGCAACGAGUGCGCACGCGGCUAUUUGGGCCAGUUCCCGCACUGCGCGCCCUGCGGCGAAUGCUUCAACAACUGGGAUCUGAUACUGCAGGCGCUGGAUGCAGCCACCCAAGCGAAUAUACAACGUGCACGCGAGAUUAAGCAGGUGGGCGCCACGGGCGCGUACACAGCGGAGUUCAGUGAGCUGGACAAGCAGCUGCAGCACGUCAGGGAUUUGCUGCAGAACACCACGGUUAGUUUGCAGGACAUGCAGCAGCUGGAUGCAGCAGCGAACUCGUUGCAGCAGCAGCUCACCGCCUCACAUGAGCGCUUGAGCCAAACGGAGCAGAGCCUGGACAGCAUUUACAAUUCGUUGAGCUUGUCCGCCGUCGAGCUGGAGGGACUGCAGAAUCAUUCGCGUCUGGUGCAGCAGCUGUCGCAGGAGCUGCAGGCCAAUGGCAUUGAGCUGCAGGAGUCGAACAUUGAGGGCGCCUUGAAUCUGACGCGUCAUGCCUACGAGCGUGUUAGCAAUCUGGCUGCACUGAAGGAUGAGGCACAGGAGCUGGCGGGCCAAACGGAUCGCACAUGCAAGCGCGUGGAAACGCUGUCCAAUAAGAUUAAGGACGAGGCAGCGGCCAUAGCGCAGAAUGAUCAAUCCAUAGCCGAUUAUCGUGCUGAGCUGGCAACGUUGAGUGCACAGCUGCCGGAGCUGAACAACUGGGUGUGCGGCCAGCCGGGUGAUCCUUGUGAUAAUCUGUGUGGCGGCGCUGGUUGUGGCAAGUGCGGUGGCUUCUUGAGCUGUGAGCAUGGCGCAAGCGCUUUGAGCUCGGAGGCCUUUAAGGUGGCCAAGGAUACGGAGCAGGCUAUUAGCAGCAAGAAGGAUGAAGCGGAUCAGACCAUACGCGCCUUAACGCAGGCCAAGCUUAAUGCUUCGGAGGCUUAUCAGAAAGCCAAGUCCGGCUUUGAGCAGUCCGAGCUCUAUCGCAAUCGCACCGACAACAGCAACAAGCUGGCAGCCAAUCUCAUCAAUGCCGUCAAUGAUUUCUCCAUUAACAAAACAGCGCUGCCUGAGGAGAGCAAGGAUUUGGCACAGCAGACGCUGCAGCUGGAUCUAACGCUGGAUCCCAAGGAAAUUGAAUCGCUUAGCACGCAGAUCAAUGAUGCCGUCGCCUCGCUGCAGAAUGUCGAGUCCAUUAUAUACAAGACGCGUCCGCAGCUGGAGCGCGUCAACAACUUGCAGUCAACAGCAAACAGCACCAAGGAGACAGCGAAUAGCAUUUUGGUUAUGGCCAAUUCCGUGGUGGAGCAUUUGGCAGCAGCGAAUGCUUCACAGCUCAAAGCACAGGAUGCCAUACAGCAGGCCAACAGCAACAUUGAGCUAGCACGACAGGAUCUGCAGCAGAUUGACAUCGAAACAGAGCAGGCAGCGCAGCCAGCGAACGAUACAGCACAGCAAGUGGACGAGCUGGCCAAGAAGGUGCAGCGUCUGCAGAAGCAUUUGCUCAAAUACGAAAUGGCCGCCAAGGAGAUUAGCGAGGGUGCGCAGCGUGUCAAGCAACAGGCCGUGAAUGCACGCAGCGAAGCCAGCAAUCUGCAGUCCUCCACCAGUGCCACCAAUCAAACGCUCAGCGAACGCGCCACUCGCUCCGAGCAGGCGCGCGAGCGUGCCAAGCUGCUGCUGCAGCGUGCCUCCAAGCUAACUGUGGAUACCAAUGAGAAAAUGAGUGAGCUUAACCAGCUGACCGAAACGUACCAGAACAAAAUAGAGCAGCUGUCCAAGCUGCAGCUAUCCAUACAGCCGCUGAACGAGGAGCUAAACGUUUAUUUGCACAACAUUCAGCAAAAUGCCGAUCGUUAUCGCCAAUGCACCGUUUAGGUUGCAAUAGCAGCAAGCCAUAUUUUACGAACAAAAACGCAACGCACAGGAAGUUAUUUCUAUUUCGUUAAGUCCACUGUUAACUGCAAUGUUCAAUUUAAAAAUUUGUAUGCCAUUUUCUUUAAAGCUUGUGUACACACUGGCGCACACAGCAUUUUUUUUAGUUAAGUUUUUUUCUAUCAAAAAAGUACUACUUACGAAGUAAACCAACAGCAAUUUGCGUGUAAUGCAACAAACUAAAUACAAAUACAAUAAAUUUAAUUAAA